GUUAUUGGCAAAAAGCGACUUUAACGACAGAUACGUAAAUGUAUUCUUGUACAUUUUUUAUUUUAUUUUUUUUAAAUUACUUUUUGUGUUUUUGGAAUCGGGUGUGGAAAGGACGUGGCUGACGCGCCGGUAUAUUACGAGUCGUGUGUUCCAAAAUUAAACUUCAGCCGUAUGAGCCGCCGACAUCGACGGCGGUGUGUAAUAAUAUCAUAAUAUAGAGUAGUAAGUAGUGUACGCCGCGCCGUCACAUCUUAUCGAGCUGAUUCUGAACCGUAUAUCGUCCGGUAAUAAUCAGCAUGACGACGGCGCAAUGUUUUCGUCGUUAAAGUUGUCCGCGCUCCGACCGAAGAAACACACGUUUCCGAAGCAAGGCGCCCUGCACCGGAAGUCCACGAGCAAAUGUAAGCAGCCGAUUAAUGAUAAUACGUUAGAGUAGCAGCUCAUAUCUAUAUCUACGAUGACAUGCAAAAUGAUUCAAUAACAGCAAUGUUGCACGAGUAGUAAAUACCGUAUUGUCAACAUUUCAUUUCAGGGUUGCUGGAUAAGGUGUGUUCGACCCAGAAAACUGAAGACAAACGAAUGGUGUCCAAGCACAAGAUUUACGAGCCGGCCGGUAUCUACACGGACCAGUGUACGAUUUUUAAUUGUUGCAAUUUUAAUAUUAUAUAUUUAAUUUAAAGAAAACUGCAGCAUUACUGUUCCAACAGUUUACAAAACGUUGAAUGUUUUAUACAUAGGAGCCUAAUUAUUAAAAUUAUCGCAGUAAAUGCAAUUAUCGUUUGUGUUAAUAGCAUAUAGUAGAGUACACCUGUAGAGGAAAUUCUUAAAACAAUAUUUUAUAACUAUUUUGAGUCAUAUGUUUUAUUUUAUUGCUGCCUCAGUCAAUUCAUUUAAGAUGAAGUAGGUAUAAUUUUAAGAGAUGAAUAGUAGAUAUUACAAUUGAUCUGUUUUUAUAUCUAAUAUAUAACUGUACAGAGGAAAAGGUUUUGAAAUUUUUAAUACCGUUUUUUUUUUUUUUUUGAAAGGGACGUAAAAAAUAUACCUAAGUUAUUUCGCAGAACGUACCAACGCAUGGUACAAAACUUUUAAAUUAUAAAUAUGGGAUACGUAGGUAUAUAUUCUUAUAAUUUGUUUUAAAAAAAUACAAUGUUCGUAACGUAACAGUAGACAGUUUUAACUACGAACCAGUAGGUAUAGGUCUUAUAUUUUAAUUGUUAUUACUUAUUUCAAUUCAAAAUCUUCUAUCUGAAAAUAAGAACACAUAAUUUAGUAAACGUGUUUUUUUCAUCAGAUCAAUAUGUGAAACACAAAGUUAUCGACGUGUUUAUCGAACGGGAAGAAGGCAGUCUAGGAAUAGUAUUACGUGGUGGUGCACAUUCAGAUCCAGAUAUGUGCAAACCGUUGACUGUAACGCAUGUCAGACCAGACGGACCUGCUGAUAAGUUAGUGAAAUUAUCUCAAAAUUUAUAUCCACAAAUAAUUAAUAAGCUAUACGUGGUCCCAACCAAAAAGUUAUUUUUCUAAGUUUAAAUUUGAUUUCAAAACGUUAGUUAAAAAAAAAAAAAAGUCGUCUGAUGAUUUUGGAAAUUUUACCACGUCUAGUUAAGUUCAAUAUAAGUAUUAUUACCAAGUUUCAAGUCUCUACGUGUAUUUAUAACUGAAUUACAGCAAAAUUUCUCAAAAAUUAAAAUUCCUUAAAAGCUCAAAAGUGACUCAAAAGUUUUAGCAAUGAUACCCUAAGAAAUUCAAUAAAAAAGGUUUCUUGUGAUUUUUCGAUUAAAUUAUUUUUUCUGGUAGAAAACGUUGUCUAUAUUUUUAUAAAAUAAUAAAAUCGUAAUAUUGUACGUUUUCCCACAAGUGCUUUUAUUUAAAAAAUGGCGUCAAAAAUCAAAAGAUUCCACUUUAAAAGUAUCAUCUAGACAACUUAAGCUUUCAGAAAAAUUGCUACACGUAAAAAUCGGAGCAAGUUUACUGGGAAAAAACGUGUCCACAGACUAGAAGAAAAAAAAAAUAAAACAGCAUUGUAAAACUACAAAGCUACGCUCGGAAUCUAAAAAAGCAUAAUGAUUUUCACUUAAAUACUUUUACACUAUUAUUUUUAGAGUAGAUUGCAAAAAAAUAAUUUAAUUAGCAUAGGUAGUUUUUGUAACAAAAUAUCCUUUAUUUGAUAACAAUAAUGCUAAGAAUUAUUUUUUUUUUAGAGAAGGAACAAUUAAGGUCGGUGAUCAUUUAUUAGCAGUUGAUGGUGUGUCAUUGAAUAGCUUGACACUAGCAGAUGCUGAUGCAGUACUUAGACAGUCGGAUGGAGCUUGUCGGUUGACCGUCCGAUACCAAGUAUCUGCGACUGAACGAGUCGGCAAUGCGACUUGCCCAAUGCUAGUCGAAGUUGAAAGUCCUAGACCGCACCAAUUGGGUUUAAGUUUAACAAAUACGAUCAAUAAUAGCGCAGUUGUAGUUGACCACGUAAAGCCUGGCAGUAUUGCUGAACGGUAAGUUUAAUAUCGGUAUCUAGGUAAAUUUUAAAGAUAAAAAUAAAAAUAUUUUAUUUGAAUUUUCGUUCAUUUUUUGUGUUCUUAUUCACCAUAAAAUGAAUAAAUAAUACUGACCAAAGAAUUUUAAUAAAAUAUGAAUGGUUAAUUUUAGACCGCAUAAUCCAUAUAAAUCUAAAUCAACACGUAUGAUCUAUCAUAUAGUAGUAUAGAAGACUUUUUGUGUUUUAUUUAAAACUAUACAUCAUAUAUAAUUACAGGUGUGGUGCCAUAUUUCCGGGUGACCAAAUAGUGGCUGUUAAUGAUACAAGGGUGGCCGGCCUAAGGACAGCGGCCAGCGAUGUAUACAAGCUGUUGCGAACGUGUGGAGGCACCCAAUCCACGCUCAGACUAGAAAUAAUACCAGCAUUUACCACAGACUUAAUACAUGCUGAAUGUAAGUGCAAAAAGAAGCUAGAAUUCUAAUUGUAUAUUUAAUUAAUGCGUUUAAUACAAUAUGUCAUAACUAAAAAUAAACAUCUACGUUCAUCUAAUGUUCAGAUAAAAUAUUUUUUGAAAGUACUUAUUUAUAUGAAUAUGUAUAUUAGGGUGGUCUUUAUUUUGCAAAUUUCAAAAUUUUUUCCAGAACAUAUAUCCAUCUUGUACCAUAUAAUAAAAAAAAUAUCCUCAAAACUUGAAGCAUUUUGGAUAAUAUUUAGUGGAAGCGCAUAGCGUUUUAAUAUUUAAUGAUAAAAAUAUAAAUGAUAUCAAUGAAAAUAGAUAAACGGGAGUGAAUGAGAGGAAUUCUCCUUCAUUAAGACCUUUUUAUUAAAUGCACAGGCUGGUUUUUCAGUCAUGCUCAGUGUUAAAGCCAUUUUUACGGUUAAAUUAUAAAUAAAUUCAUAUUCUAAUACAUUGGUUUUUUACAACACGGUGGCAAUAUCAAAUUUCGUUUUUCAAAUGAAAAGUGAGAACUUACAUGUUUUAAUGCAAAUUAUUAAUCGUAUGAUCUUAACGUAUGUCAGACCAGACGGACCUGCUGAUAAGUUAGUGAAAUUAUCUCAACAUUUAUAUUCCUAAGAUCCUAAUGUAUUUAUACCACCAACAUGGGAAUUCGAUUUUUCAAAAGUUUCAGAAAUCAACUGAAACUAACAUUUCUUUAUGAAAUUACCAACUAUUUUUACAUUAAAAUUAUGGUUUUACUUAUAUUAAUAAAGUACAACCGUGUCGUAAAUCAAAAUAACCCUAACCUUGGAUAACACGAAAAACAUCAUGACAGUUCGAAUUUAAUUUUGGCCCCUAGAAAUUCUCGUCAAACUCAACGUAUUUGUCUCUAGAAUAUAAAAUAGAAUCAAAAAAAAAUUAAGGAUUGAAAUAGGUCUUUUGUUUUAAUUUAAAAAAAUUAAUUGUAAAUGAUCUAUAGUCGUUUGUACACUAUUUGUAUAGUUUUCAUGCAAUCUUUUUGAUAUUAAAUAUUAAAACGUUGUGCGCCUUCACUAAAUAUUAAACAAAUGACUUCAUACUUUGAGGAUAUAAUUUUUUAUUAUACGGCACAAGAUAGAGGAUGUCCCGAAGGAAAUUUCGAAAUUAUCAAAAUAAGAACUACCUAAUACUAAUGAUACUAAUGUACAAUAUGUAUAUAAAAUAAAAGGUUUUUGGAGUAGGUAUUAAUAAUAUUAAUAAUAAUAAUUGUAAUACUUUUUUGAAAAUGGUAUUUUGAAUACAGUAAUUACAGCAAUACUUCAAAAGUAUUUCAAAUAAGUUUACUUUUAGAGAAUACAAAAAAACAUCUUUUUUUAUUAUAAUAUUAAUUAUAAUAAUAUUUAUUAUAAAAGAAUACUUUUACCUUAUAUAAUGUGCAUUUAAAAUUGUAUCAAUUAUAGUUAGUUAUUUAUAAGUUCGAAUGUAAUAUUUUACAUGUACACAUUUAAUCUAACGUCAAUUACGUAUAAUUUAAUUACCUAAUUAAAUAAAAUAAUUAUUUUAUAAAUAGGUAUGUUUUAUUUUAACUAUUCAAUAAACUAGGAGUGAAUAUUUAGUCUUAAAUUAAUCUUAUUGAAUAAGACAAAUUAAAAUAUUUCAAAUAUUGGUACAUUUAAUUAAUUUGGCAUCUUCAACAAUUUUAAAAACUGGUUUAUUUUUGGUUUCUAAUAAUAUAAUUUUAAAAGUAUUUAGAAUUCUAUUCCAAUGUGAAAAUUAUAUUCUAAUAAUUAAAGUAAAUAAAUAUAUAAAUAAAAAAUGUGUACAUAAAAAUAAAAUAAAUCAAUGAAUGCGUUGUCGGGAAUAUUAUGAUAAGUGUAUUAUACGACCGAUUUCAAAUUAAAAAUUCGUCAUAAUACUCCAAACGAUAUAAAUUUUUUAUUUAUAUAUUUAUUUACUUUAUUUAUUUAUGAGUAAUAAAUAUUUUAAUAAUUUUGUUUUUACUUUAUUAUUUUAUUUUCUAUUAAUUGUCUACAUUUCUCGUUAACAUUUGUAUUCUUAGAUUGUUCAUCAUACGAUUCACGUCAACAAUUAUAUUCUGUAUAUGAAGACCCCAUCGAAUCGACAGGUUGGGAACCCACGGAAACACGUAAGAUUCAUACAAAUUUUCAUCAAAUUGUGAACAUCACAAGUCACACAAUAUAAAUCAACUUAGAAUAUUUCAUGAUGCUUCAGAUUUGUUUACACUACAUUUGGGAAUGGUCUCAUUAGAAUUAAAGCUCUAUUCUAUGUUUUGCAUAGGUCAAUUUUUAAGUAUAGAUCUUAGGUACUUAGUUAUUUUGAUCAAUUUUGAAUUUAGUUAAAACUGACGAAUUUGUCUACCUGAUCAAUUUGUCUAUAUUUGACAGGUUUAAUGAUAUCUAUAGACCUGGCAUCCCAAAACUCUCAGCACCACACUCCAAAGUAUGGAAAUAUCUAAUCGUGUUAAGUAUGUUUCUCAAUGUCAAAAAAUGUCUAUUUCCCAUCUACAGGUUUUCAAUAAAACAAUAAUAUUGAGAAAAAUAGUUAAAUAUUAAAAAUGAAAAAUAAAAAAAAAAUACACAAGGAUAGGUUUUUCAUUUUAUAUUAUGAAACCAUUCCCAAAGUUGGUAUGACUAAUGAAUACUAUGUGAUCAAAAUUGUAUGUUAUAGCAAUUUUUUCAUAAAUAUCCAAAAUGAGAAAAACGUAUAACAAAAAAGUUGUAUUAAGGUGUACUAAUUUCAAAUAAUAUGUGGGUUUAAAAUUGUUUAGAUAAAUCUUUUUUGGGAGCAAAAAAGUUUACAAUUUUAAAAUUCAUAUAAUAUUCUACACUUUGUUUACAAGCCUCACAUAAAGAUAUUUUAAAUUCUGAGAUAAUCGAGUUUGGUUUUUGUUUUACAAUGAUGUUUAUUUUUAUUUUUAAUGUUUUUAUUAUUUUCAAUUUUGAUUUUGUUGUAAUUCAAUUCAAAAUGUUCAUAAAGACAUGAAAAUUUUUAUUUGCUUUUUUUUAUACGUGGUAAAAUUUUCAAAUCAUUUGGGUUAUUUUUGAGAUAUUUAUAGAAAUUUAAAUUUUACGAGUUUUUACGUAAUAUUUAUUCAGUAUGUACUUACUCUGUGUGUAAAAGUGUAAGACCAAACAAAAAUGCUUGAAAACUUAACAAUGAGGUUCAUAAUAAGUGAUACCUACUUAGUGGUUUACAAGAAAAAGUUGAGUUUAAUUAUUUUAUUCGGAUUUUAAUACCAAAUUUUGAAUUUGUGUGAUCAAAAAACAUAUUUUAGUGAAAAACUCUUUCCUUGAGAAUGAUUAAAAGGAAUGAAAAGGAAAGAACGAUUAAAAUUUUAUAAGAUUAUCUAUCAUACGACACUCAAGUGCAUUAAACACAAUGCAACCAUAGAUAAUAAGAGUAGUUUAUUGGGCGUGCUGCGCGCAUGUGCUAUACACUUUUAAAAAACUUAAAAGCAAUCUAAAGGAAAGAGUUUUGAAAUAAAACAUGUUUAUCGACCACUAAUAUUCAGAACAAAAAAAAGAUAGGAAUACUUCGUACGUAGGUGAACCACUGUUGUAGAUGAGAAGUUGAGAAGCUAGUAAAGGAAAAAUUUAAUGUAAAUUUGUACGUAAUGAUUAACCAUUGCUAAUGAAAAAACGAUUCUGAGUAGAGUUCAAUUGAUAGCGUUGCCUAUUCAUAUAUUUGUCAUAUUAUGGUAAAAUAAUUACAUAUGCAUUAAACAUUUUCUUUAAUAAUAUUUGUUUAAUAUUUUCAACUAUUUUCCCGUUUUCCCAUGUUUUUUCCCAGUUUUUCCAAUUUAUUGAGAAUACUCUAGGGAAAAUCAAAAUAUCACCUCUCUAAAGUAUCACCUCGGUUAGAUUUGCAUUUAAAAAUAGUGCUAUUAUUGUAAACAUUGUAAAUCAGAACAAAAUUGUUGAUAGAUAAGUUGUUCAUGAGAACAAUAAAAAAAAUAAACAUCAUCAAAACCAAUACAUUCCUCGCUCCACUCAGAAUCUAAUCUAUAGAUUAUGAUAGGAAUUUUAAAGUUUGACUACAAAAGGUCGUCUAAAAAGUUUUACGCCUAAAUAUAAUUUUUUAUUAUGCUAUUUAAUAAUACUUCAUUAUACAUUUUUUUCUAUUACAUAUUUAUACAACAAAAUUUCUGUAACGUACAAUUUCAAUCACAUGAAUAUUCAAAGUGUCACUUAUUAUCUUGGAAAUUAUUAGCUUUUUAAAAUGUUACAUAACCGUUAUUUUUUGUAAUCCUUAUUUUUGGGAGUGAAACCACUAUACUCACUUUUGAUUUUCAAAAACCAACUUAUAUUAAAAAUAAAUAGAUUCAGUUUGAAUACAUUUUAAUGCUAAAAUAUAUAAUUUCCACCAAUAACUUGGGGAGAGGUAUUAAAAUGUGUUUAAUACAUGAAUUUGUAGUUAAUCUUUAUCACAUUAUAAAUAUAAACCUAGUUUAAAAAUUUCUAAGAAUCCCUAAAACCCCGUCCUGUAUACAGACUUGCGAAUAACACAUCUUAAAAAAAAAAGUGAGAGGCGCUUUUAAGUACAUUUUAGCCAUAAAAAUAACGGGAAUGUAACAUUUUAGAGCUAGUUAUUUCUUAAAUUGUCCAAAAAGAAAGAUAGCCAAUAAAUUAGUACUUUUUGAAAUAAUGAUUAUCUUAUUAAGAACUAAUAACCCUAAUGUGUAUAAACAAUUUUGUAUGUAUUAUAUGUAUAUUUUUUACUAUUAUUAUUUUAUACAUUAUGUAGAUAAUGUGGUGCGAGUUGAUUAUACUAUAUUAACUUUGAUGGCUGACGAAAAUGGUCGAUUCGGAAUGGACAUUCGAUCAAAUAACAUGACACUUAUCGUUUGUUUUAUUGAACCAGGUGGACCUAUUGAUAGGUACUUCAUCAUUAUUUUAAUACAUUUUAUGACUUAUUAGUGAUUACCUAAUAGACACCUAUUUUAUAAUUCAAAUUUUAGAACUGGCUGUAUACAAGUGGGUGACCGUAUACUGUCUGUGAAUGGUUGUAAAAGCACCAGUUUUGUGCCUUUAUUUCAGCAACCUUUUCAUGAAUUUUUAGGACCAGAAGUGAAAAAUGCUUGCAUAAAGGUCGAGUUUGAUAUAACAGAUUCUGUUGUACCCACGUCUGGAGAAUUCACUGUUAAAUUAGUGAAAAACGAUUACAGAAGUCUAGGAAUAACGAUAACAGGUAAGUGUAAGCAUUUAUUAUAAUUCAUAUUUAAAUACCUUUUUUUAUAGGUAUUUAUACUAAAUAGACAUAUAAAAAGAUUUUUUUUAUCAGGUCUAUUAAAUCUUAUAGAGAAUAUUCCUACUUAUUGUUUCGAUUGCAAUUCUGUUUUUAUAAAACACUAGAAAUGUUAAACUCUAGAUAAGUUUUUCAAUUUAUAAAAGGCGUUAGGUAUAGUACAAAAGUAGGAAACUAUUAUUAUGAACAUAUAAACUCUUAAAAUAACUGAUUAAUUAUUCACCUUAUUUUAUAUCUCUUAUACUUUAUACCUUCCCUAAAUUAUAAACUACUGAUAUGCUGAUUUGUUAUUAAAACAAAACAUAUUAUUUUUUAAACUUUAUAAUAAGUGGACUGCACAAUGAUUUACUUACGAAUUGUUUUUCUUGUUUAUUUCACAUGAUUAUGAAGUAUGAUUAAUUUUCUAAACGAAACGUUUACUAUAUUCCUUGCGUAUUAGUUCUUAAUUUUUUUUUUUUUUGCGUAACAAGAUAUCCCUGACCUAAUUUCAAAUGUUUAUUAACAAGUAAAUCUAACUGUACUUCAUAAUUAAAAGCUGGGCACUUAUUUUAAUAAAACAUUUUUACUUUUCUUAAUGUAGAAUACAGAAAAUAAGUAGACAUUAAAUAGUAAAGGAAAACUAAUAUAUUUCAGUAUUUGAAAUUCAUAACAUGUUCUACUUCCAAAAAUGUUGACAAGUAGUUAAUUCUCAUUAUCUUCAUGAAUAACAUAUUCUUACUAUUAUAGUAUACACAAAUUUAUACCAAUUAUAACUUAAUUAUCUAAUAUUGAUUACUUGUAUUCAUGUAGAUGAUGGAAAUGGACAAGUAUGUAUUUCAGAAAUCGUACCUGGUUCUAUAGCUCAUCGAUCAGGUACUUUAAAAAUUGGUGACAUACUAUUAGCUGUAAAUAAUAAAUCAUUGAGUGAUUGUACAAGACAAGAAGCAAGUGACAUACUUCAGGGAUCAGGAGAAGUGGUGACGUUACGUGUGCGAACUUCAAAUACUACAACAGGUGCAUAUAUUAAAUUCAUUAUAGGGGGAUUAAGCUAAUACGACGACAAAAUUAUAAACAAUUUGGCAUACUCAUAAAGCAUGUGAUUUACUGUUUUAUUUUCAAUGUUGCCAAAUUACUAUUUAAUAUAAAAUAUUUAUGACUAAUCUAGUAGUAUCUACUACUCCAAAACCUGUAAACUUUUUCAGUUUAAUAUAAAUAAAUAAUCAAUAUUCCAUUUUUUCAAAGUACAAAUUUUUCGUAUAUGUAUAUAUAUUUUGUUUGUAAGACAGUAGAAGAUAAUGAAGACAAUUUAUUGAUCAUACAGAAAACGAAACCUUCUUUCAAAAUUAAUUUAAUACCUUAAGGUACUUAGUUUGAAAAACUAAAGAUAGUAUUUUAGAUUCUGAGUGAAUCAAGGUCAAUUUUUGAUUUGCUAAGUGAUUAUUAUAAUUGGAAAAGGGAAAAUGUAUGAAAUGUAUUAGUUUUUGUUAUGAUUUAGUUGAAAAUAUUCGUAGGGACUUGAAAUUUAAACCUAAUGAUAAUAUUGUCUUUUCUAGACGUGGUAAAAUUUUCAAAACAUUUUAGCCAUUUUUGAACUAUUCAUAGACAUUUUAAUUUUGCAAGUUUUUUACGUAAUUUGUACUCGGUAGAUUAGGUUUAAAUGUAGAUAAAAUCGCUAGACCAAACAGAAAUGCUUGAAAGUUUAGCAAGAGGUUCAUUAUAAGUCGUGUUUUGUGGUAAAAAAAAAAAAUUGAGUGUUAUUAAGAAUUUUUUUUUUUAUAAGAAUUUGAAUAUCAAAUUUUAACGAAAAUCGUUAAUAUUAUGGCCUUUCAUAAGUAUGUUCAUCUUUUUAAUUUUUAUUUUACUGAAUUUAUAUUCAAAUAACUAAUAAGCAGGUCUAGGAUUUAUAUGCAACAGCAUGUUUUUUUUGCGACUUUUGAUUAUUGAUUUUGUCAGUAAUGUCCACGAAUCACCUCAUGAUGAGAUAAAUGGUGGUGUUUUUAUUUUGCAUGUUUUUGCAUAUUUUGGAUAAAAUUCAUAUAAUUACAUAUAUUGAAUAAAAUUAAUAUUAUUGCAUAUUUGGAUUAUAAGAAUGCGAAAAAUGCAUGUUUUAUAGUAUGUUUCGUAAUUAAUAUUUAUAAUUUAAUAUUAAUGUUUCGAAUUUAAUUCUAGCCCUACUGAUUGAAGUAUAAAACUUGUUUUUUUUGGUACAAUAGGUAUGCGAUAAAAUAUUGAAUAGUUUGACGGAGAAAGAUAAACACAAUUAAUAAAACUAUGUAGGUCAAUAUAAAAUCUAAGAUAAGAUAUAAUUUAUCGGGUAUUAGUGUAAUACACACAAUGCUGCGUAGUACAGAUCGUUCAGUUGUCCACGCAUCACCAUUUAUUUUUCAGUGUGAUUUUAGUAAAAUUAUUGUGAUUUUUAUUUCCACUAUUAAAUGUGAAUUAUAAAUUUUAUUUCUAAAGUAUUUUAUUUCUCAAUUAUAUUAUAUUAAGAUAAACAGCCAAUCACUGAUGUAUUUCAAUAAAUAAAUAUUUUUUUUGUAACUAUAUUUUUGUGUUUAUCUUAUAAAAAUUUAAAUGCAUAUUUUUCAUAUUUUGGUAAAUAAGAUGCAUAAUUUAUAGUUUUUUUAUUGCAUACAAAUCCUAGCCCAGCUAAUAAGUAACUACAUUUGUCAUUUGUGUAUACUUUUUUAAAUUAAUACGCAGUUCACAGUUAAUAUGUACUACAUACUAAUACGCAUUAUACGCUUAUGAAACAAUAUUUAUACAUGUUAUUUCUAGAUUAUGAACAAUAUUUAAAUUUGUAGUUUAUAGAAUGUAGAUUGUAAAUUCAAAUAAUUUUUAGUUGGAAUUAUUAUUUCUAGAUGAUUGUGAAAACGAAGAUGAUUUGGUUCAAUACACAGUGGAAUUAUAUAAAAAAGGAGAACCUUUGGGUAUUACUAUAACUGGAUCUGAAGAUUCCCGGUUACCAAUUUCUAUACAGGAACUAUCACCAGGUAUUGAGAAAAAAAUAUAUUUUAUUAUAGAUUCAAUUGCAGCUAAUUUGUCUUUCAUGAAAUAUUUAUUUACAUUAGUUAUGUCAAAAUAAUUUGAUUUAAAUUAUAGAUAAUAUAUUUAGUACUCCUAUAACUAUGUAUAGAAUAUUGAUUUUAGAUAAUAAUCAAGUAGGUUAGGUUAGGUAUAUUAUUAAGGGCUUUAUUGUUUACAGCUAUUAUGUACACGAAAAAAAUUAUAAUUAUAGUCAUAACAGUAAAAAUAUCAGUAUAAAUUAAAAUAAUAAUAGUAAAAAUGUUUUUGGUUUUAUCGAAUUUAUGUAGCUGUGUAAAAACGUUCAUGUUUUACUUGUUUUAGGUGCUGCAAUUACUAUGGAUAUUAUUUUAAGGUUUUUAAAUUGAUACCUAUAACAAAAUAGAAAUUUACGUAUAUAAUAAUAGAUAAAUAUAAUAUAAUAAUAUAACAUUAUAAACUUUUAUUUUUUUUAGGGAUUGAUUAGAAAAGCUUAUAUCACUUAAUAACGAAUUUCAACCCCCCUCCCAAAAAAAAAAAAAUUGUUUCAAAUGCAUGGGAAGUUAUUAGAUCACCUUAAAUUUAUUAAAUAUACCGGUAAACGGUCACUUUAUACGAUCUACUGUUUAAAACACGGAACGCGGACACUUUUUACAUAAUAUAUAUAUGCAUAUAUUGUACAUAUACAUGGUAUAUAUAGAAUAAAUAAAUAUAACACAUAGCUACAUAAAAAGAGCUAAUGAGGUGAGUCGUAAGUGGGAAGUUUGGUGAGAGCCUUAGCAUCUUUUCUAAAAGGUAAUUUUUGUGGGAAGGUACUUUAGAGAGGUCAUUUUUUAAUUCUCGAAAUACAAGUGAUUAAGCGAAAAAAAGUACGAUUUCACGAUUUUAUUAUUAUAAAUAAUUACGGACGACGUUUUCUACCAAAAAUAUUACUCCAAUUAAAAAAUGACAAGACCUGUUUUGUUUCAUUUUAGAUAUAAUUUCUUACGGUAUGACUUCCGGAAAAUGUUAGCUAUUUAUAGAUAUUUUAAUUUUGAUAGAUUUUUUUGUUGUUAUUCGGUUAAAAACAGCUGUAAAGACUUGAAAUUUGGAAUGUAUAUUGGCUUAUAUAUAUAAUAACUAUAUAAUAACUUAUAUUGGUCUUUCCUAGACGUGGUAAAAUUGUCGAAAUAUUUGAGCCACUAUUGAGCUAUUAAUAGAGUAAUAUAAAUGUAUAAUUUUUGAUAGGAACCUACUAUGUGAAUAAAACUGUUGGAUUGAUCAUAAAUGACCCAUCCUCAGUAUCAAACAUGUCGUACUCGGGCUUUUUAUUUACUUUAUAUAUAAUAUAGUAUAUGUAUUAUGAAUAUAUACUGAGUAUAGGCACUAUAUAUAUUAUGUAUAUAAUAGUACAAAGUGUCCGCGUUCUGCGUUCUACCUUUUUAGCCGAUCAUACAAAAUAUCCGCGUUCCAUGUUUUUUAUGGUCGACCGUAUAAAGUGACCUAGAAAUAAAUUUAACAUGCGUUUUUUUCGUUAUUCAGGUGGUCUAGCCGACCGGACAGGCGCCAUACACGUAGGCGACAGGUUAUUGGCCAUCAAUGGCGCCGAUUUGUCCGAGGCACCUCUAUCCACUGCCAUAGCACAGUUGCAAAACACGGAUGACCGGGUGGUGAUCACUGUAUCCCGGCCGCAGCAACGGUCAUUCUACACUAGCGUGGGGCUGCUAUCAACCACUGCUGAUGACUCAGCCAUCGAAUCAGAUACCACCCGGUCAGCACCCAAUUUGCACGAACCGACGCCCGAAAGGGUUGUAUUGCGUCAUCGGUCUAAGAGCGCCCAGCGUAAAGUGCCAGAGUUCGACAGCGACUAUUUCGGUGGCACGCUCAGGCCGUACUAUAUACGUGAGCACACCGACUAUGAUAUCGACAGUAUAUUCAAGAUAGCCGAAAAUCAAGAUCGGGACGGUCUCCUGGACUUUGAUUUGUUCCAAGUACGACAAUAUCGUUUGAAUAUUAUACAUUUUAUAUAAUACGGGAGUUAAUUAUUUAACUAACAUGCCACUAUAUAGUCAUAGCUGUGACAUAAAAAUCAGUACCUAUUAUUAUUAUUAUAGGCAGAUCCCUAACUAGAAGGGGACUAAGCGGCUGCGGCCACGGGCCCCGGCAUAAUAAAGGCCCUUUAUAUACUAAUUUGAUCGUUCUAGGCGUAAUCAAUGCGAUAAAGAUGUUUACGGAUCUUGAAAAGACUUUAAUUGAAAAGAGAAUAAAAUACUUCUCAUUUAUAAAUUUCAAUAAAUAUUCUCUCAAGGAUGAGAUAGAAUUAUAUGGAAAACUAAGUGGAAAUAAUCGUGUAGCGAAAGAUGUACCUAUUGGAUUUACAAUUUUUUAUUUUUAUACUGUAACAAAAAUUUCUAUCAAAUAUCUUGCUUCAAUGUAUAAAUAUAUAUUGACUGGAUGGUACUUUAGGAAUGUCAUUUUUUGAUUUUCCAAGAAAUUUUAUAUAUAUAUAUAUUAUUAAUAUUAGGAAAACCCGGGAUAAAACGUAAGAAAAACGGGAAAAUUUAUGAAAAAAUGCAUUUAUUAUUUUCAGUUUUAUUUUUUAUCGUAAUUCAGUUAAACAUAUUCGUAGGCUUUGAAAUUUGGACAGAAAACUUAUAUUUGACUUUUUUUGACAAAGCCAAAUGUAUGAGAAAUGUAUAGACAUUUUAAUUUUGCGAAUUUUGUACGUAAUUUUUAUUCAGUAGGUACUCUGUGGAUAAAAUUGUUAGACCAAACAGAAAUGCUUGAGAAUUUAACAUGAGGUUUAUUAAAAGUCGUACAUUGUGGUAAAAAAAAAUUUGAACAGAAGCUAACUGACUUAUCACUUUCAAAUAUUCAUCGAAAUGAAAACAAUAAUAUAGAAAAUAUUAUUGAUCAAAUUGCUUGCAAAAAGGCUGCUUAAAAUAAAUAUAUUUCAGACUUAGUAAUCUAACUUUUAUUUAUUAUUAUCUAUUUAAUGUGAAAAAAAUUAAUUUAAAUUUUAAAUUGCCCUGUUUUACUACAUUGUGUACUUGCAUUGUGCAUUGUUAACUGUGUUGUACUGCAUUAGUAUAAUAUAUCUGCAGUCUUCUAAGUAGUGGAGGUUUUAAGAAUUUUUUUGGGAGAAGGGGUCCAUUGAUAUUACCUAUAUAUUUAACACAAAAAAAUAUUUUCCCAUUUAUCAUGCAUUAAUUUAAUUUAAAUUGCCCAACUUUCACUGUCAGAAAAAAUAUUUUUUUUUUUUAAUUACAUAAUCUAAUCUAACCUAAGUUUUACAAAAUUCAAAAGCUUUCCUAGGAUAAUGGGGACGGGUGCAGUCACUGCUAUAUUUAAUUUAAUGUAUAUCAUUAAGUAAAGAUUAAUCAUUUCUAAUAAAAAAAAAACGAUUCUGAACGGAAUUUGGUUGAUAGUGUUGCAUUAUCAACAAUACUAUAUCAUAUUGUGGUAAAGUAAUUACAUAUGCAUUAUAUAGUUUCUUUAGUAUUAUUUUUUUAAUAUUGUAUCUAUUUUCCCGUUUUUCCAAUUUAUUUGGAAAACUCCUGGGAAAAUCAAAAAAUGAACUCCCUAUAUUACCUUCCUAAUGAGAUUUACCUUAAGAAAAAGUGUUAUUAUUCAAUCAUUGUAAAUCGAAGUAAAAUUGCUAGUAGAAAAGUUGUCCACAGAAAAAAUAGACCGUAAUAUUUUACUGAUUUAUUCCUUAAAUUUUCCCGUUUUUUUUUUUCAGUUGUUCCCACUUGAUAAGUAUAUAAUAUUAUAUAUUAUGCAUAAUAUAAUAUUUUCUAUGUAAUGUAUAUAUAAAGUGUAUAAAAAAAGAAUUAUAACUCGUAUUAAUUUGCCAAUUAUUUUCAUUUUUUUAAAAAAAAUUUUCAAUGACAAAUAAAUUCAAAGUCUAAACUCGGAGUCUAGGGGGGGUCCAGACCCCCCGGACCCCUCCAUUAAACCGCCACUGCUUCUAAGCUAAUACAAAUUAAAAUGACAUUAGACCUAUAGGUUUUAACUUUUUGUUGACCAAAGCGGUAGUAUUCAAGAGUAAAAAUUGUUCACUCCCUCCUCAUGGAAUUGAUCCAAACACACCCCUAAGCAGUUAACGUACAGAUAUAUAUUAAAUUUCCCUCGAUAUCUUACCUUCCUAACUUCUCAUCUAUAACAGUGGUCCACCCAUUGGGCGAAGUAUGUCCGUAUUUUCUUACCAAUCAUUAAUAUUAAAGUUAAUUAUUUCGUCCCCCCCCCCAAAUCGAGGUCUGGAGACGCCCCUAGUAUGUUCGGGGGUCUUUUCACGUUCCGACUGUCGGGUACCAGCGUGGGAUGAUCUCGGACGGCCCACUUUUGGCAACGGAGAUUGUAUUAACAAACGUGUGUCGAUAGUCACCCGGCUGCCUCCGGUGCAGACUGAUCAUUAUUGAAUCGUUUAAGCUUUAUUUUAAAACGAUUUUAAAUUUUUUACCCCGGCUCCAUAAACCUUAAUUAGUACAUACUUACUUUUAAUUUUAAAAUAGGAAACCCCUUCCCUUUUGAACACAGAUUUGAAUAGACAAUAUUUUUCUAGAAAUGUUGAUAUACGUAACACUAAUAUUAAAUUUACCGUUUAUGAGUUAUAACAGUUUAAAGUGUAGACCGGAGGAAUAGGGAAAAGGGUAAUCAAAAUUGGAGUGAAAUUUCUGAUAGAUAAGUUGUCUACAGAAAUAAGAAAAUAAACAUCAUUGUAAAACCAAUACAUUCCUCACUUCGCUUAGAAUCUAAAAGAUAGAGAUAGAAACGUUUUAUAUUAUAAUUGAUUGUUUAGUUACAGUACUGGAUAAAAGAAAAAUCUGAAAUUAUAAUUUAAUUUAAAGGUCCUAUAAAAAAAAUUAGCACCCGAUCCCCAAAAUUCGUAAACAGGGCUCCAAUUAUAGGUACUUAAAUGUCUUUUGUAUCUACCUAACUAAUUAUAGCGUUUCUCUGUCUUGUAUCUAAUCUACAGAUCACUCUGUUCAAAGACGCGGUAUACGAAGAUUUCGGUUUCAGUAUAUCGGACGGAUUGUACGAGAGAGGUGUGUUCGUCAACAACAUUCGAAAAGGCGGACCAGCCGACCUUAGUGGCAUGUUGAAGCGUUAUGACCAUAUAAUACAAGUAUAUUGCCUUAUUCAUAUCAUUAGCUGUAUACUAUUUUUUCUCAAUUAAUCGAUCCUUCAAAAUAUAGGUUAAUAACACCAGGACGGAUGAUUCAGAUUGUUGUCUAACAGUGCCGCUGGUAGCAUCUGCUGGAGACAAAAUCACACUGACUGUAGAAAGACGAAAUAAUGUGUCGAAAAUUCAAUUUCCAUAAGUCGUAAUCUUUUUUGGGGUUAAUUAAAUCUGGUUCCAACAGCAUUAAUUUAAUUGUAUGACUGAAGACUUUUCUUCUUUCUAUUUUUCUCGCAAAAUGUAUGCGAUGUAUAACAAUAGCCAAUAUAAUAUCUACUCUAAUCCUAAUUACGUGUAUCAUUUGUUGGUUAUUACAACAAUUUACUUGUUACA